AUGGUGGCCUAUGAACUGAAGAGCCACACGUCCGUCACCAGUAGAGGCGAGGCCCAAGUCGGCUCGUCCGUCCGGGAGCGUGAUGAUGCGCAACUUCAGCGGAUGGGAAAGAAGCCAGUUCUCAAGCGAAACUUCGGCAUUCUCUCCAUCCUCGGGUUCAGCUGUACCAUUCUGGGUACAUGGGAAGGCUUGCUUGGAACCUUCACGGCCCCCCUUGCAAAUGGUGGCUCUGGCGGUGCGAUCUAUGCCUACAUCUUCGGAUGGGUAGGUACAUUUGCGAACUUCAUGGUCUUGGCGGAGUUAGCCUCUAUGGCCCCUACAGCAGGAGGCCAGUAUCACUGGGCUGCAAUGCUUGGGCCAGCCAGACUCCAGAAGUUCCUUAGUUUUGUCACUGGUUGGUUUGCUGUUCUCGGCUGGCAAAGCGCCUUCGCUGCUUGUGCCUUUUUGACAGGAAAGAUGAUCCAGGGUGCUGCGAUCGUCGGAAACAAUCUCUACAAUGCUCUGCCUUGGGAAGGCACGCUGAUUAUCUGGGCAUCACUGAGUCUCGCAUUGCUCGUGAACCUAAUAGGGGGGAAGCUAUUGCCCCGUAUUGAAGUAAUCAUACUGGUCGUGCAUAUUCUUGGCUUCUUCGGUAUCCUGAUCCCCCUUGUUUAUAUGGCGGAUCAUAAUACAAAGGAACAAGUUUUCCUAUCUUUCCAGAAUGAAGGAGGAUUUUCCACACAGGGACUAUCCUGGUUUGUUGGCAUGACCAGCUGUGCCUUUGCCUUUGCUGGUGGUGAUGCUGCCGUGCAUAUGUCUGAAGAGGUUGCAAACGCAUCGCGCGUUAUUCCUAACGCCCUUAUGCUCAGCGUUGGAAUCAACGGCUGCCUCGGCUUUGGUAUGAUUAUUGCCAUGAUGUUCUGCACUGGCGCCGACCUUGGUGGUACGCUUGGGGAGAUCACUGGUUAUAACUUUAUGGGGAUCUUCGUGGAAGCAACCAACUCAGUAUCUGGUUCCUUGAUUAUGAUUGCCAUUGUGAUUAUUAUCUACAUCUGUUCGCUCAUGGGUCUACUAGCCGCAGCAUCUCGCCAGCUCUGGUCUUUCUCCCGAGAUAGGGGAGUUCCUGGGUGGCGAUUGUGGAGUCAGGUUUCUACCGGCAAGCAAUUGCCUAUCUAUUCCAUCAUUGUCACAGUGACAGUCGCUACACUGCUGGCCCUGAUUAACAUUGGUUCCGACACUGCUAUGGAGGAUGUUGUAUCUAUGGCAGUGUCGGGCAUCUACUUGUCUUAUCUGAUGGUUGCAAUCUUGCUCUUUAGUCGCCGAGUCCGUGGCAAUAUCUCCCGCUAUAAUGACAACGACGAUGACAUUGUCAACGUGCCCGGUGCUAAGCUUGUCUGGGGCCCAUUCCAUUGUCCUGGUAUUGUUGGUACGUUGAUCAACGGUUAUGCGAUCAUUUACAUCACCAUCGUCAUCUUUUUCAGCUUCUGGCCAUCUCAAAUGAACCCUGGCGUCGAGGAGAUGAACUGGAGCGUCCUGGCAAUUGGAGGCAGCAUGUUCCUUGCCAUUGUAUAUUACAUCCUGCGUGCCCGUCGCAUCUAUUCGGGCCCUAUCGUUGAGGUUUCUAUGUAA